GUUUGGGAACCAGAGAGGAACCCCGCGAGCCUCGUCCUGCUGUCCGAUGCCACCAUGCGCGUGCUGUCCCCGCACGCCGCGCUCCUGUCGGUCUCCUACUCCCAGCUCUUCCUCAUCCUCACCAGCGGCAGCUACCUGGCCCUAUCAUCAGUGGUGGCUCUGGGAGCCAAUAUUAUCUGCAACAAGAUCCCUGGCCUGGCCCCCCGACAGCGUGCCAUCUGCCAGAGCCGCCCGGACGCCAUUAUUGUCAUCGGUGAGGGUGCUCAGAUGGGCAUCAACGAAUGCCAGUACCAGUUUCAAUAUGGGCGCUGGAACUGCUCCGCCCUCGGCGAGAGGACCGUCUUCGGACAGGAGCUGCGAGUGGGCAGCAAGGAGGCAGCAUUCACCUAUGCCAUCACAGCAGCCGGGGUGGCCCAUGCAGUCACUGCAGCCUGCAGCCAGGGCAACCUGAGCCACUGCGGCUGUGACAGGGAAAAGCAAGGCUUUCAGACCCAAGAGGAAGGCUGGAAGUGGGGCGGCUGCUCAGCCGACGUCAAGUAUGGAGUUGAGUUCUCUCGCCGCUUUGUGGAUGCCCGGGAGAUUAAAAAAAACGCCCGGAGGCUCAUGAACCUGCACAACAAUGAGGCAGGCAGAAAGAUACUGGAGGAGAGGAUGAAGCUGGAGUGCAAAUGCCACGGCGUCUCAGGCUCCUGCACCACUAAGACCUGUUGGACGACUCUACCCAAGUUCCGAGAGAUCGGCUAUAUCUUGAAGGAGCGCUACGGUGCCGCCGUACAGGUGGAAGCAGUGAGGGCUACGCGCCUACGCCAGCCCUCCUUCUUGCGUCUCAAACAGCCAAACGGCUACAUCAAGCCCACCGAUACGGACCUGGUGUACCUGGAGCGCUCGCCGAAUUACUGCGAGGAGGACGUGUCGACAGGCAGCACGGGCACCAGGGGUCGCCUGUGCAACCACACCUCACCUGACUUGGACGGCUGCAACCUGAUGUGCUGUGGGCGAGGCCACGACACCCACCAGUAUACACGGGUGUGGCAGUGUAACUGCAAGUUCCAGUGGUGCUGCUUUGUCAAGUGCAGCACCUGCAGUACAAAGACAGAGGUGUUCACAUGCAAAUAA